ACCUUCUGGGAUGUACUCCAAGUCCUCUGGAUCGCUGCUGGCGUCGCUGUCGGCCAUAGCGUGCAACUCGUCCGUCCACUGUACACGCCUAUUCACACCGCGAGUAAUGGGAGCUCGUUUUCUUGCCUGGAGGAAGAGGUAUAUGACAGGGCGAAAGUCGCCUUUCUCCAGUUGCGUCUUUUAAAAAAUACUCCGCUUUGUGGACGGUGUCGCAAGCACAACACCUCAACCUCGAAGUCUCCUAGUUCCAUUUGGAGCACCCCACCUGUGUGUAAUUCUAUUCUUGCCUGUCAGAUGACGGUGUUGUUGGAGGUUGUGGUGGGGCUGUUUUUGGUUCUCUUUGGAGUAGCAGCAGUCAUACUCUUCAUAGUACUGUGUUGGGGACUGGUGUGGAAACUGCUUCUCUCCCGUCUGGGUCUGUUCAAGGAGCUGUUCAGUGACCUGAGAGGCGACAAGAAAGAGGCAGAUUCAAGCCAGCAGGGUAGGGGUAGAAGACAGGUCGAACACUCAACCACCAGACCACCAUACUCACCCACAGGUGGUUCUAGUCGAAAACGAAUAGGGGUUUACUCAGGUGAUAAGCACUAGUUCCAAUUGUACAGUACGCUCUGUGCUUGCUAUUUAACCUGUUUAGAAAGAUUUUAUUUCAAGUGAUGUACAAUACAAGAUUGGUGAAAGGAAAGUGUCACCGAUAUAAUAUAUAGUAAUUCAGUGUUCUAAGAUAUAACGAGAAUGAAUGGGCAGCAGUUGACUCUGGACCUGUGGUUCUGCAUCUGGUGUCUUCAUGAUCAGCUUCUAUUCACCCUUAUCUCCCUCCUCUCCCUCCUCCCCCUCCUCUCCUCCUCACAAAACGGCAUAGAUAGGGACGAGUGAUGUGAGUGUGGUGAGUGUGAGGGAGAUAGCGCUAAGCCCCGCCCCCCAGCCAAGGGCAGCUGCAGAAGACAUGCUCCAACCCAGCGUCAUAUAAAUCCCUGCCACAAAUGCAC